AUCAGUAAUACGGCGGAGAGAGAGUGCAGCAUCUGGGCACCGACUCCCAUCUGACUGACACGCAGAGAAUUCCUGUUAUAUACUGAGAAAGUGCAGCAUCUGGGAAGCAAAUCACACACAGAGAAGCCAGACACCCUGUUAUACUGCUGAGAGGCGCAGCAUCAGGACACCAGGGUAUACUUCUUCUUACACAGGCAAACGGCUAUGUCUGCAGAGAUGACAGACCUGAAUUUUGCGGAGGGGAGACCCCUGAUGACGGAUAAGGAGGAUGGCAUCACAGUGUUACUGCAGGAGUAUGUCACGCAGGAACAUGACAUUGAGACGGCCCACGGAAUUGUCCACGUCACUAUGUGUGGGACGCCCAAGCUGAACCGACCUGUGAUUUUAACGUACCAUGACAUCGGCUUAAACCAUAAAACCUGUUUCAACUCGCUGUUUAACUUCGAGGACAUGCACGAAAUCAGCCAGCACUUCUCUGUGUGCCACGUGGAUGCGCCAGGCCAACAGGAGGGGGCAGCGUCGUUCCCAGCGGGAUACAUGUACCCAUCAAUGGACCAACUGGCCGAAAUGCUUCCCGGCGUUGUCCAGCAACUUGGACUGAGGACUGUUAUGGGCUUAGGAAUCGGAGCGGGUGCCUACAUCCUUACCAGAUUCGCUCUCAACCACCCCAGCAUGGUAGAAGGCCUGGUGCUCAUUAACAUUAACCCUUGUGCGGAAGGCUGGAUGGACUGGGCAGCCACUAAGAUUUCUGGGUGGACUAACGCCUUACCUGAUAUGGUCAUUUCUCACCUCUUCUCAAAGGAUGAGGUGCACAGUAACCCUGAGCUGGUGGAGACCUACCGGCAACAUAUUCUCCAUGACAUUAACCAGAACAACGUGCAGCACUUUGUGAAGUCAUAUAAUAGCCGCAGAGAUCUGGAGAUUGAACGACCCAUUCCAGGAACAAACGCUGUUACAUUGAAAUGUCCUGCACUUUUGGUGGUCGGAGACAGUUCCCCUGCUGUGGAUGCUGUGGUUGAAUGUAACUCAAAAUUGGACCCCACUAAGACCACCCUACUAAAGAUGUCAGACUGCGGGGGAUUUCCUCAGGUCAUCCAGCCGGCAAAACUUGCUGAAGCUUUCAAAUACUUUGUCCAGGGCAUGGGAUACAUGCCUGCUGCUAGUAUGACCAGACUGAUGAGAUCUCGCACUGGAUCAGCCGCCAGCUCUUCAUCCCAAGAUGGCAACAGGAGUAGGUCUCAUACUAACGAGGGCUCAAGGAGCCGCUCCCACACCGGAGACGGGAACAGGAGCAGAGCGCACACCGGUGAUGGCAACCGCAGCCGUUCCCAUACGGACACCAACAACAUCAACUCUGACCAAAACAGUCCAAAAUCCAUGGAAGUCUCCUGCUAAGCUACGUGGCAUCUCAACAACAUAAACCUGCUUGCCAAUUGGAAACAUCCUACCCUUCCCGCUAUCUGGGUUACUCUACCAGCAAAUGGGGGGUUACGUUUUGAUAUAAUCACUGUGAACUGGAAAACCUGAGGACCAAAGAGUAAAAAUGAAAGCCUCUUAAUGAUGCAUUUAGUCUUGCUAAAUAACUUAUACUGUUCCGGGCAAAUCAGACUUAAAUCCAGUACUAGGAGUACAGUUAAAAGUGGUAUUAACUAAACGAUAAAUGGGUUCAUUUGGUACCAAUUCUGUAAAGCUCUAAACAUGUUUGAUUUCUCUUUCGGAAAAUAUAAUAUCCUAUAUUAUCCUUUUUGACUAAAAUUCUGAGAAAUUGCCAGACCCUUAAAGAUUUUUCCAAUUCAUUUUUGUUUUCUGGUUUAAAAGUUGGAGUACAAUGUAAAUAUAUCAUGGCAGAGAAUAUUUAUAAAGGUAUUGUGCAUUUAAUAAAAUUCUGUUGAAAGAGUUGAUUUUUACUAAAAAAAUGGUUUCUAAGACAAGGCUCUGAAGUACUGCCUACUUUUUACGUCAAAUUACGCUCUUCAGAGAAAAGAAAAUGUACAAAAUUCGUCAGAUUCGUUUCUGAAAUUGAUUUUGAAAAUAGGUUCAGAUCCAUAUUUUUAAAUUUAUUUGAAAUAACAUUUUUGAACGUUUUUGAACUCAUUUUAUUAAACCAAAAAUUAAUCUGAUUCUAUUUUGCUGUUAAACAUAUUAUAACCUUCUUAAUAAUGGGAUGUGGGUGUGUAUUUAUAAAAAA